GUGCCUAAUUUCUUGAAUCAAUAGAAGCUGGGCUGCAAUAUAUUGUAGCCAUGAAUGCAGAACCACAAUCAUCUGGUGCACCCAAAAAAGGUGGCUGGGUCACCUUUCCUUUCCUCAUAGCAACCAUGCCGGGGCUGACACUAGCGGCCGCGGGAUGGAGUAAUAAUAUUAUUGUGUAUCUAAUAAACGAGUUUAACAUCAAAAGCAUCGAUGCUGCUCAAAUCGCGAACAUAGUCAACGGUUGCAUGGCCUUGUCCCCGAUUCUUGGUGCCAUAUUAGCCGACUCGUAUCUUGGCUCGUUCAAAGUUAUUACGGUUUCAUCACUUGUUUCCAUUGUGGGGAUACUAGCAUUAACCUUAACAUCAAUACUAGAUCUAAUGACGCCCACACCAUGCGAACACGGCCCAAGUCCUUGCGAAGGACCGUCAAAAGCCCAAAUUGGAAUCUUGUACAUAAGCAUGGCUCUUUCGACCAUGGGUGUGGCAGGUACGAGGUUCACGUUAGCCACGAUGGGUGCAGAUCAAUUCACAAACCCGAAGCACCAACGGGUUUUCUUAAACUGGCAUUUCUUUACUAUGUAUGCCGCGAUGCUUGUUAGUAUGGUGGGGAUUGUUUAUAUCCAAGACAACGUGGGUUGGGGUUUGGGUUAUGGUUUAAGUGGUGCGGCUAACUUAAUUGGGUUAGUCGCUUUUGUGAUGGGUAGUCGGUAUUAUCUGCUUCUAAAGCCACAAGGCAGCCCGUUUACCGGUUUGGCUUGUGUUUUAGUGGCCGCUUUCCGGAAAAGAAAAGCUUUAUUAUCACCAAAAACUGAAGAUUACUGCCAAGAACCACAGCCUAGAGAAACAAAGUUGAUAAAUACAACAAAUAGCUUCAAAUUCCUGAACCAUGCAGCCUUAGUGACCGAAGGCGACAUGAACCCCGACGGCUCCAUCAAGAAACCAUGGAACCUAUGCACAUUGCAACAAGUAGAAGAUCUCAAAACCCUAAUCAGAAUCUCCCCAAUUUGGUCAACUGGUAUACUCUUGCACACCACAUUAGCCAUCCAAAUGAGUCUAGUUGUCCUCCAAGCUCUAGCCAUGGACCGCCAUCUCGGACCACAGCUUCAAAUCUCAGCUGGGACCAUGAUGGUCUUCGUUACAAUCUCAACCGCUAUCUCCUUAGCUCUAAUCGACCGUUUCCUUGUCACGUUCCAUAAAAUAACCCACACCUCACCCACACUACUAAAACGAAUUGGGAUCGGUCAUGUUCUCACCAUUUCAAGCAUGGCCCUCUCAGCACUUGUCGAGUCAAAACGGCUCGCAGCAGCUCGAACACACAAUCUAGCCGGCAACUCUAUCGUGCCAAUGUCGGUGUUUUGGAUGGUACCACAACUAUUAGUUGUGGGAGUUGGAGAGGCGUUUAUGUUCCCGGGUCAAGUGAUGUUUUAUUACCAAGAGUUUCCAAAGUCGAUUAAGAGCACAGCGGCAGCGAUGGUGGCGGUGAUUAUCGGGAUUGCGUUUUAUUUAGGGACCGCGAUGGUUGAUUUGAUCAGCAAAACAACAAGGUGGUUGCCUGAUGGUAUGAAUGAUGGGAGGCUGGAUAAUGUAUAUUGGGUGUUGACUAUUGUUGGGUUGGUCAACUUUGUAUAUUUUUUGGUGUGCUCUUGGAUGUACAAGUAUCAAAAUGAUGAAAACAAGGAGCUUAAUAGUCCUAAUCCUUGAUAGUUGUUAGGUGGAAUACUGUAUAUGUAAUCAAACUGUUUGUACCCGAAAAACUGAAUCUAGCUAAAACUGAAGUUUCAAAUUUGAGGUCCGGGUUUGACCCGAACUUGGUUAUCUCUUUUUUUAUUAGACCAGGGUAUCCUUUGUAUAACGGAGACGAGGUUGCGGGGUAUUUUACACUAUGGAAACGGAGUUAA